AUGGUGCCCGUGCCGGCCGCUGCCUCCAGCAACGGCCCGUGGCGCGCCUUGGGCCAUGUGCCGCCGUUCUUCUCCGCGCCAGACUCCUUCCCCGCUCCUGCAACACACACACGCACCGUCCUCCGCGGUUCUCCGUAUGCUAUACAGAACGAUUUAAUCGAAGCUGUAAGAGGUGUUAGAGUACAUACAAUUAUAGAGGAACUUGCCUCUGCUGAUUUUGUGGCCAUUCUUCUCGACAAGUCUUCACACACAAUUAAUAAAUUGCAGCUCUCUAUCAUUUUUCGUUAUGUGGACAAAUCUGGUGAAGUUGAAGAAAGAGUCGCCAGUUCCCAUUUCAUAGCAACUCUCAAAUUUUAUGAAGUACCACAGCCAGAGGUGGCCUGGGAGCAGACAUUGCACUACCACUCCACAGGCUUGCAAAGUCCGAGAGAUUACUUUACAGGAGCACUCUGGAGAAUGCCGAGAAAGAGAGAGGAAAAAAAAAAAGAAAGAAAGAAAAAAACGCAUACCACCAACAACAACACAUACAAACUCUUUCUAAAACUAGAAUUUGGAGAAAAAUUUGAGAAACCAUACUCACUCUUCAUGCAAAAAGAUGCUGGUCUGGGACAUGAAAUUACCAGAACCCUUCUGUCUUUGGGUUCCAUGCUGAGGAAACUAGGAACUUUUCUGCCUUCUUCUCUGCAUAUGUUAAGAAACCUCAGAGCAAUAGUAACGAGUGUUGGGAGAUCAGUAGAUGAAUACCAGGCUAUUAGUAUUGAUUUUACUGAAAUAGUGGAGAAGACAAAAGGGAACAAGCCUUGCAGCAGCAUAUACGUGAAUGAGAAGAGGAUUGUGAAAAGGAUACCAGAUGAGUUACAUGUGAGAUUUGGCAUAGAAGUCCUCACCAUGAUCCGUAAAGAGUUAGAGUCUCGUAAUGCAGCAGCAAGAUCUGAUACUGCACGGUCUCGUUCUCGUCUCAGUCGGUCACAUAAGUCUGUCCAACUCAAGGUUGGCUUGGUCCAGGUUAUCCAUUCGCUCCCGCUGUCCAUACUGGCCCCCAGAAUUGCCUGUGCGUCCACCACCACCGCCGCCAAGCCCGCCGUCUUCUUCGCCGCGUCCCCCAACUCCCGAUCGCCCAAAGUCAUGGUCUCCACGGGCCAGGCGAGCUGUACGCCCCCCCACUCCACCUUCCCUGGCCAGAAGCAAGCCCUCCUCUUGGGCGGCAGCAGCAGCAAAACCUCCAAACUUCUCCCUCAGUAUCUCGUUCACUCAUUAUCAAGCUGUACUCCUGCAUUGCAGCAUUACGUUCUUCUGUCAGUCGUUUUAAAUCUUUGCUGGCUUUCAUGCGCACUGCCAUGGCUUGAUUCACCUCUUUCACUGCUUCUUGGUGUUGUUGUUGUACCUGUUGAAUCAGAAAUAAAACUAAAGAGAUGUGAUAAAGAUAGGAAUAUUUUCAUCUGGUUGACAAUACAUUUGUUAUACAGUACGGAAAGGAGGAAAGAAGGAAGGAAGGAAAGGAAGGAAGGAAGGAAAGAGGAAGGACGUAAGGAAGGAAGGAAGGAGGACGGAAAGAAGGAGAAGAAAGAAGGAGGAAGGAAGAAGAAGGGGAAAGAAGGAAGGAAAGAAGGAAGGAAAGAGGAAGGAAAGAAAGGGAAGGAAAGAAGGCAGGAAAGAAGGAAGGAAGAAGAAGGAAAGAAGGAAGGAAAGAAGGAGGAAAGAAGGAGGAAAGAAGGAGGAAAGAGGAAGGAAGAAGGAAGGAGAGAAAGAAAUGCCUUGGCUAUGCUUCAAAUACAACAGAAAAUACUUAGGAAAAAUCCAGAUCUCCUGACUAUUAAAACAUUUGUAAAAGAUAUCGAAUGCUCACCAAGAUUUACGAUUUACUGUAAAAUCCACUUGAACAUGGUUUUCCUCGAAUUAAACGAAGUUGAAAGCUUAUGGACGGCGCUGAGAAAUACUCAGUGGAAGCUCUGGUGUACUCUUGAAGUAUUCCGUAAAGCUGGGCACUUCGUUCGUUUUGCCUCGUUUAAUGAUCCUGUACUGGAUCUAAUUAUUCUCUGCAUGGCAAUUAGGUAUCCAAUAAAUAAAGUAACAUGCGAAGCAAGUAGAAUUUUUCACAGAAUCAGACUGUCUUCAGCAAGAAUUCAUAUGAUGUGGUUAUCAUGUAUUGCUGUUUCAGCUGAUCAACUUGCCGUCACUGGAAAGGCAGAUUCCGAAAGACUGCUCAACAAAAGGGUGCCCAGCAAGACUGAAAGAAACAAAGGCAAUCGAAAGGAAAUGGAAUAUGGAGUUCCGGUGAACGCGAGGGUCGAGGCCGACGCCUCUUCGCGACUUGGGUUCCCGUGGGAGCGAAGCGAGAAAACUUACUUUGGAAGUAAGUCACGAGAUAUGGCGACGCAUGCUCUUGGUCGAAUAUCUUUGGAAAAAAGCAAUUUAGCACUACAAACAUUUCUGCAUACUUGUACUAAUACGUUCUCAUUGAUAAGUCAUGGCAAUAGGCAAGUCUUACCUGGCAAACAGAGAUCACUUGGGAUAGCAGCUGCACAAGUUAAGCAAUACAAAACACCAAUUCAAGAGAACAUACCAAAGAAAACGUUAAGGAAUGAACUAGAGGAAGAACUCUACAGCUGUAUCCAGCCGUAUUCGGACAUUUAA